AGCCCUCAAGAUCAGCAAGGACUACGAGGAGGGCAGCCACUGGAGGAAACAGGAGGAGCGCCAGAAGCAGGCCCUCGGGCGCGAGGCUGAGUCGAACCGCAGGAGGGAUGAUGUCGACGGAGGAGACGACGCCGACGCCGACGCCGACGACGACCGCCGGCGAUGACCACCGUUUGAAAGGGGUUACUUUCUUUAAAUGAGUUGGCGGCACGGCUACCACUCCAUAAUCUGUUCGGUUGCUAGUUGGCUUUCUCUGCUAGGAGUCUGGGACACUUGCGGGCUGGUUGCGGGCGUUGUGGCGUUAUAUCGGGUCUCCUUGGGCGUUGUCUGUUCUGCAGAACUGGCCAUUCGAUUGCCAGGACGGGCGGGUUAUUGCAUACGUAUAUCAAGGCACGACCGUUUGGUUACCAGCACGUUCUCGCCACUAAAUUCUCGAUUCUUGCACAAGAUACAAAAUAGGGUAGCGGGCAGGUUUAUUCAUAUUCAAAGAGCAGGCGCAUCGACAAUGCGGGGAUCACUUGUGGGUAAGCUUCCGGUCUUGCCCUUCGUGGGCUGCACAAUACUCUGUCUUGAUUAUCAUUGACCCGUCUUGGUUUCCAGCUGUGUUCUUUGUCGGCACGGGUUUUGUGGCCACCUUACUCGCAACAAUUCUAGACCGGCUGACGACAAGGCGCGACUAUGUCGGGCCGGGCCGACGCACCAUAUCCAG